CUUCAUUUCAAUGCUAUAUAUUUGGUUUAUCAUCAACCAUUGGAUAUCUUUAUGUACUAAUAAUACCAGAUAUCAGUUCUACUAUUAUUCCAACAGGCAGUUCAUCAUAUUUUCAUUCAGACUUUACCUCCAGCACACCACUAAUGUCUUCAUUCAUCCCUAAUGUGACAAUGAUAUCAUUAAGUUCUCAUUCACACAUAAUUUUAACAUCUUUUUCACUUUCUGUGUCUCCCCAGUCUCUCAAUAGCUCACCAUUAAAAGUUCUAGCAGGAUCCUCUUGUAUAAACAAUAUAACAAUAGAUUCAACACUCUACAGUACUGAGAUGCUGAUGAUGUCAUCUUCUAUUAAUACCCCAAUGGUUAUCGAAAAUAUUAAAAGUAGCAGUUAUGGGAAUGAGACUACUAAUGGGAAUAGUCACAAUGUGAGAGUUAUCUUCAUUUCGGCUGUUGUUUCAUCAAUUUGUGCAAGUCUAUUGAUGACAGCUGCUAUGUGCCUUAUUGUUUUUGCUCUGGUUAGAAAGAAAAGAAAAGAAAAGAAGUCCACAAAAACAUUUUCUGAGUCCAAUCCAGUUUAUGAUGAGCCAGUUCAUGAAAAUAUCCAGUUUAAUCCAUCUUAUGGGUUGGUCAGAGGGACUGUGAGGUCCACUGUCAAUCCAGUGUAUGAAGAAAUUAACUUAACUUAAGGACAAGCAAUAAAGUUUCUUUUAAGGUUUUCAUAAUGAUAGUGUACCAUA